GCCGAGCCCCCUGAGGCUGGCGGGCCCCGGCCAAGGAACCGACCAGGUCCCUCCCGGGUGACCGAAGCCGGCGGCCACGUCCUGCACGUGCAGUUGAACAGGCCGGAGAAGAGGAAUGCCAUGAACAGGGCCUUCUGGAGGGAGAUGGUGGAGUGUUUCAACAAGAUCGCCCAGGACCCGGGCUGCAGGGCUGUGGUGAUCUCCGGGGCCGGGAAGAUGUUCACGUCAGGGAUCGAUCUCAUGGACAUGGCGGGAGACCUUCUCCAGCCACAGGGGGAGGAUCACGCCCGGGUCAGCUGGAACUUGCGCCAGUUGAUCUCCAGAUACCAGGAGACUUUCACUGUCAUUGAGAAGGUGGGGCUGCCGGCCCCGGGGGGGGGGGGGGGGGGCCCUGCGCCCCUUUCCUUCAGUGCCCCGCCGGUCUGCCCGGGUCCAUGGCCCGGUUGCAGGGAGGGGGACAUGUCGGCCGCCCGGCGUGGGGGCGCCGGCGCCUCCCAGGAUCCUGGGGGCCAGAGUCUGGUGAAUGAGCUGGCCUUCACUGCCCGAAAGAUGAUGGCCGAUGAAGCCCUGGGGCCUGCCCCUGACCCUGGGGGCGUCCCAGGCCCCUCCCCUGUCCGCCCCAGCCCUGAUAGGCGUCCCCGGCCCCCCUUUCCGCCUCCCAGCCCUGACCCUGGGGGACUCCCAGGCCCCCUUGUCCCCGGGGUGCCCAGCCCUGACCCUGGGCCCCCAGGCCCCCUGUCCGCCCGGGCUGGCCCUCCCGGGGCCUGGCCCCCUCAGGCUGCUGACCCGGGGCCUGUCCGCCCCGGGGUUUCAGGAGGGUCCCUGCUGGCCGCCCCUUGGGUCUGGCCGGGAGAUUCCACAAACCCGGUGGGUGCAGGGACCAAACAACCUGUGCUGGCGGGACCCGGCGUGGCCGAAGGGCUCAACUUCAAGACCGCCUGGAACAUGAGCAUGCUGCAGACCGAGGACAUAACCAAGUCGGUCCAGGCCUCCUUGGAGAAGAAGGACCUGAAGGGCACCUUCCAAACCUGA